GGGGCAUGGUAUCUGAAUGGCAGCCUUGCUCCUGGCCGCACGCCCCAUGGCUUCCGCAGUCUUGCCUGCCCUCCUGCCUCUGUGUGCGUGUCUGCUGCUGGCCUCCGGCUUUGCCCAGGCGGGCAAGCUGCUGGUGGUGCCCAUGGAUGGCAGCCACUGGCUCUCCAUGCGCUCUGUGGUGGAGAAACUCUCCCAGCGAGGGCACGAGGUGGUCGUGGUUGUGCCCGAGGUGAGUUGGAUGCUGGGCAGCUCGCUGAACUUGACAGUGAAGACGUACUCAACCUCUCACACGCUGGAGGAUUUUGAGCAGGAGUUCAAGGUUUUUAUUGACACGCAGUGGGAAAAGCAGGAAGGAGGUAUCUUUUCUCUACUAAUGGGCUCUUCCAUUCCAUUUUUUGAGUUGGUUUUUUCACAUUGUAGGAGUCUGUUUAAUGACAAGGAAUUGGUAGAAUUCCUGAAGGAGAGUUCUUUUGAUGCUGUGUUUCUGGAUCCUUUUGAUAUGUGUGGCUUAAUUGUUGCCAAGUAUUUGUCACUCCCCUCUGUGCUCUUUGCCAGGAGAAUAUUUUGUCAUUAUCUUGAAGAAGGAGCUCAGUGCCCUGCUCCCCGUCUUAUGUUCCCAGAGGCGUCUUGGGUUUUACAGAUGCCAUGACUUUCCAGGAGAGAGUAUUGAACUAUAUAAAUCACUUGGGGGUGCGUAUGUUUUGUCCAUUUUUUUUACAAAACUGUCUCAGAAGCUGCCUCUGAAAUUCUUCAAACACCAGUCACUCCAUAUGAGCUGUUCAGCCAAGUGUCGAUUUGGUUGUUGCGAAUUGACUUUGUCUUGGACUUUCCCAGACCCGUGAUGCCCAACAUUGUG